UCAUUGAUAAUGAAUUCAUGAUAAGGGCUGUGAUAAAGCUAAAAAUUUAUAUAAAGCUAUUUGUUUUCUACAUUUUACAUUUUAAUUAGUAUCAGCUUUCAACAGUGAUGCCUGCUUAACAAGUGUUAAUUAAUGUGAACAUUUCGGUCAGUGUUCCCUAUCGAAACACUAUUCACUUUCAUUAGAACUCAUUUGCCUAUUGGUUUUGUUUAUGUCCAUGCGAAUAGUUAAUUUAUCGCUUUUACGUAGGACGUACGAACAUAGUUUCUCAAGAAAAAUGAGUAUUGACAUUGGAGGUAUGCGCUUAAGAUAUAAGGAUAAAAACGACACUUUUCUAGAAAACCAUUUAGUGUCCAAAGAACCAUUUGGACAAUUUAAAGCAUGGUUUGAAGAAGCCUGUACUCGUAAGGAAAUAUUAGAACCAAAUGCAAUGUGCUUGGCAACAGCCACCAAGGAUGGUAUACCUUCAGCAAGAUUUGUGUUAUUGAAAGGUUAUGGUAAAGAGGGCUUCAAGUUUUUCACCAAUUAUGGAAGCCGAAAGGCAAAGGAACUAGAUGAAAAUCCAAAUGUUGCUGCAACAUUCUAUUGGGAAGUUCUGAAUAGAUCUAUCAGAAUUGAGGGCCAUGUUGAAAAGGUUUCUCUAGAGGAGUCAACUACUUAUUUCCAUUCACGUCCUGUUCCGAGCCAAAUAGCAGCAAUUGCUAGUUACCAAAGUACUCCAAUUGAAUCAAGAGAUGUUCUGUGUGAAAGGGAAAAGGUUUUGGAAACUGAAUAUUUGAUUCCUCAGAAAGAAGUCCCUAAACCAGAUUUCUGGGGCGGUUACAUAAUUCGUCCAAGAGCUGUUGAAUUCUGGCAAGGUCAACGUGAUCGCCUUCAUGACCGUAUUAAAUUCAGAAAGCCUAAAGAUGGAGAAACUCCAGAUGGAAAACUAUUACAUCAAGGUGAAGAGGGUUGGGUGUAUGAACGACUAUCUCCUUAAAUUUUCUAAUAUUUUUUUUAUCACUGAAUUUAAUGUCUUCCAUUAGU